CAAAGCUGAAAAAUACUAAAACAGAUCUCGUCUUCCUUUUUCAGCGUUUCAAGUUUAAAUUCUUUAAUUCUUUCGCUUAUUUGUAUAGCUCCGCUAAGAAGCAUUACUUGAUAUUACAAACUCUUUAUUCCCAGUCUCCAAUCUUGAAAAAGGUUGAUUUGAAGCUGCGAAAGGUGUCGUCCUUUUAUAUUUCCUGAAUUGAAGGGGGAAAAGAUUCCGAAGGGUUGAACUGAAGUUGCAGAAAUUGUCUUCUUCUUUUCAUUUGGGUUGCGAUGGAAGGUGGUAAUAUAUAUUUAGCAAGUAAUAGCAUGCGAAGUAGCAUGCGAGCCGGGAGUUCAUCGGCUUGGAGAAGCAGUGGAGUUGAAGUAUUCUCGAGGUCUUCGCGUGAAGAAAACGAUGAAGAGGCUCUGAAAUGGGCUGCGCUUGAAAAGCUCCCAACUUACAAUCGUCUCAAAAAAGGCUUGUUGACCGCAUCUCAUGGGAUAGCCAAUGAAAUCGAUAUCGGUGAUCUUGGGUUUCAGGAGAAAAAGAAAUUGCUUGAUAGGUUGAUUAAAGUUACCGAAGAGGACAAUGAGAAGUUCUUGUCAAAGCUCAGGGAACGAAUUGAUAGAGUUGGGCUUGAUAUUCCAACAAUUGAAGUUCGAUAUGAGCACCUAAAUAUUGAGGCAGAGGCUUAUGCGGGAGGCAGAGCUUUGCCCACUUUUAUAAACUUCGUUACUAAUAUAGCAGAGAAUUUCUUGAGUUCUCUGCAUGUACUCUCAAGCAGAAAGAGACAUGUGACAAUUCUUAAAGAUGUUAGUGGAAUUGUCAAGCCUCGCAGGAUGACACUGCUUUUGGGUCCUCCAAGUUCUGGAAAAACCACACUUCUUUUGGCCUUGUCUGGAAAGCUUGAUCCGAGUCUUAAGACAUCUGGGAGAGUGACUUAUAAUGGCCAUGAAAUGAAGGAGUUUGUUCCUCAGAGAACUGCUGCUUAUAUUAGCCAGCAUGAUGUUCACAUUGGGGAAAUGACUGUAAGGGAAACCUUGGCUUUCUCUGCAAGGUUCCAAGUGGGAUCACGAUAUGACUUGCUAUCUGAAUUGUCAAGAAGAGAAAAAGAAGCAAAUAUUAAACCUGAUCCGGACAUUGAUGUCUUCAUGAAGGCAGCAGCAACUGAAGGCCAAGAGGCAAAUGUUGUAACAGAUUAUGUAUUAAAGGUUUUGGGAUUGGAUAUAUGUGCUGAUACCAUGGUCGGGGAUGAAAUGUUGCGUGGUAUCUCUGGAGGACAAAGGAAGCGUGUUACCACAGGGGAGAUGCUGGUUGGACCUGCUAAUGCUUUAUUCAUGGAUGAAAUAUCCACUGGCUUGGACAGCUCUACAACGUAUCAAAUUGUGAACUCUCUCAAGCAGUUAGUUCACAUUCUGAAUGGAACUGCUGUUAUCUCGCUGCUCCAGCCGGCACCUGAGACUUAUGAACUAUUUGAUGAUAUUAUUCUAAUCUCUGAUGGACAAAUAGUAUACCAAGGACCCCGUGAAUAUGUGCUUGACUUUUUUGAAUCAAUGGGUUUUAGAUGUCCUGAGAGGAAAGGUGUUGCUGACUUUCUUCAAGAAGUGACUUCAAGAAAAGAUCAGGAACAGUAUUGGGUGCGCCGAGAUGAACCCUACAGUUUUGUAACAGUUACUCAAUUUACUGAGGCAUUCCAAUCAUUUCAUGUUGGCCGAAGAAUCGGAGAUGAACUUGCAAUUCCAUUUGAUAAGUCAAAGAACCAUCCGGCUGCCUUAACCACUAAAAAAUUUGGUGUUAACAAGAAGGAGCUUCUGAAGGCUAACUUCUCUAGAGAAUAUUUGCUAAUGAAAAGGAACUCGUUUGUUUACAUCUUCAAGCUAACACAGCUCACUAUCAUGGCAUUUGUAGCAAUGACACUUUUCUUAAGAACCAAUAUGCACCGGGAUACACUGAAUGACGGAGGGGUUUAUGCUGGUGCGCUAUUUUUCUCAUUAAUGAUGAUUAUGUUCAAUGGCAUGGCUGAGAUUUCUAUGACCAUUGCAAAGCUACCUGUUUUCUACAAGCAACGGGACCUUCUAUUUUAUCCUUCGUGGGCAUAUGCUAUUCCCACUUGGAUUCUCAAGAUACCCAUCACAUUUUUGGAAGUUGCUGUUUGGACAUUUCUCACUUACUAUGUAAUUGGAUUUGAUCCAAAUGUUGGAAGAUUAUUCAAGCAAUACCUUCUACUGUUACUGAUUUCCCAGAUGGCGUCUGGACUGUUCCGAUCUAUUGCAGCACUUGGUAGGAACAUGAUAGUUGCCAACACAUUUGGGUCCUUUGCACUGCUCAUUCUUCUUGCAUUGGGUGGCUUUAUUCUAUCGAGAAAGGAUAUCAAGGGCUGGUGGAUCUGGGGUUACUGGAUUUCACCUUUAAUGUAUGGCCAGAACGCUAUAGCUGUUAAUGAGUUCCUUGGGCAUAGUUGGAACCAUUUUGCCCCCAAUUCAACAAAGAUACUUGGGAUCCAAGUACUUGAGUCUCGUGGAUUCUUCACAAAGGCAUAUUGGUAUUGGAUUGGAGUUGGAGCACUGAUUGGAUUUGUGGUUCUUUUCAAUGCUCUAUUUGCACUGGCUCUAUCAUUUCUAAACCCUUUUGAUAAGCCGCAGGCAACAAUACAUGAAGAACCAGAAGACAGUGCAGCUAAUCACCGAGCCCAAGGAGUUGAGUUACCACGCAUAGUGAGUUCGCAAAAUGGUAGAGUAGCUGGUUCUGUUACGGAUUCCAGCCAUGGAAGGAAAAGGGGAAUGGUUCUUCCUUUUGAGCCACACUCUAUCACUUUUGAUGAAAUUGUAUACUCUGUUGACAUGCCACAGGAAAUGAAAGAUCAAGGUGUACUUGAGGACAAAUUGGUACUUCUAAAGGGUGUCAGUGGAGCAUUUAGGCCUGGUGUUCUCACAGCGCUAAUGGGGGUCAGUGGUGCUGGAAAAACUACUCUGAUGGAUGUUUUGGCUGGUAGAAAAACUGGUGGAUAUAUUGAUGGGAGCAUCAACAUUUCAGGAUACCCUAAAAAGCAAGAAACUUUUGCUAGAGUCGCUGGUUAUUGUGAGCAAAAUGAUAUCCACUCCCCACAUGUUACUGUCUAUGAAUCAUUGCUCUACUCAGCAUGGCUUCGUCUGCCUCAAGAGGUCGAUUCUAAAACCAGAGAGAUGUUUAUUGAGGAAGUCAUGGAACUUGUGGAGCUGAACCCAUUGAGGAACUCCCUGGUUGGUUUGCCUGGCGUGAGUGGUCUUUCAACUGAACAACGCAAGAGGUUAACAAUUGCAGUAGAACUAGUGGCUAAUCCCUCUAUAAUUUUCAUGGAUGAGCCUACUUCUGGAUUAGAUGCAAGAGCUGCUGCAAUUGUUAUGAGAACAGUUAGGAACACGGUGGACACUGGAAGAACUGUUGUGUGCACCAUCCAUCAGCCAAGCAUCGACAUAUUUGAAGCUUUUGAUGAGCUUUUCUUGAUGAAGCGUGGAGGACAGGAGAUAUAUGUAGGACCAUUGGGUCAUCAUUCUAGCCAACUAAUCAAGUACUUUGAGAGCAUUGAUGGCGUGAGCAAAAUCAAAGACGGCUAUAAUCCAGCAACUUGGAUGUUGGAAGUCACAACUUCAGCACAAGAGGUUGCUUUAGGUGUUGAUUUUACUGAGAUCUACAGAAACUCUGACCUGUACAGGAGAAACAAGCAGCUUAUAGAAGAUCUUGGCAAGCCUGCACCAGGUUCAAAUGAUCUUUAUUUCCCCACCCAGUACUCACAGUCAUUUUGGGUCCAAUCCUUGGCUUGCUUAUGGAAACAACAUUGGUCAUAUUGGAGAAAUCCUCCAUACACUGCUGUGAGGUUCCUCUUCACUACUUUCAUAGCGUUGAUGUUUGGAACAAUGUUCUGGAACCUCGGAACCAAAACCUCAAGCAGACAAGACUUGUUUAAUGCCAUGGGUUCUAUGUAUACUGCCGUUCUCUUCCUUGGUGUUCAGAACUCUUCUUCUGUACAACCAGUGGUAGCAGUUGAAAGAGCUGUGUUUUAUAGAGAACGAGCCGCCGGAAUGUACUCUGCUUUACCUUAUGCAUUUGCACAGGUUUUAAUAGAGAUACCAUAUAUUUUUGUCCAAGCUGUCACGUAUGGUCUCAUAGUAUAUGCCAUGAUUGGAUUUGAAUGGACUGCGGAGAAGUUUUUCUGGUAUCUGUUCUUCAUGUUCUUCACAUUGUUGUACUUCACCUUCUAUGGCAUGAUGGGAGUGGCUGUCACACCAAAUCACCAUGUUGCUGCCAUUGUUUCUGCCGCAUUCUACGGACUCUGGAAUCUCUUCUCUGGAUUCAUUGUCCCGCGACCCAGCAUUCCUGUGUGGUGGAGAUGGUACUACUGGGCAUCUCCUGUGUCCUGGACCUUGUAUGGACUGGUUGCAUCACAGUUUGGAGAUAUUACAAAAACUAUGGAUGGAGAGAACGAAACUGUCCGAGAGUUUCUAAGGAGUUAUUUUGGCUUCAAACAUAGCUUCGUAGGAGUUUGUGCAGCCGCGGUUGUCGGGUUUGCAGUACUCUUUGCUUUUAUUUUUGCAGUUUCAAUCAAAGUCUUCAACUUCCAGAGGCGAUAGAAUUUGACUCUAUCAACUUACAUGAAAGAUUCUUUUAUAAUUUAUGAUCAAAAUUUUCCCUGUACCCUCAUAUAGUUUCCUUUCUUGUGCCAGCUUAAUGCUGCUCAUAUUGAUGUACAACCAUAUGUAGAAUAGUCACAGUAAUGUCAUACUUGUAUUCUUAACUUAUCAAUGCAAA